AACACACACACACACACACACACAAGUUCCAGCAAUGGCAGCCGCAACAGCCUCUUUCACCCUCUCCAGACUCCUCAUUUCCCCCAAGCCCCUCUCUCUCUCCUCCUCUUUCCCCCGAACCCAUUCUUGUGCACUCACCUCAUCCUCCUCUUUCUCUCUCCUCCCACUCAAACUCCAUUCACGCCACCCCUACCACAACCCAAAAUCCCUCAAAUACUCCGCCACCACCACCACCAUUCCGAAAAUCUCCGCCACCAUCUCCGUCGGCGACAAACUACCUGAAUCCACCCUCUCCUACUUGGAUUCCGCCGAUGAACUCCAAACCAUCACCGUCUCCGACCUCACCAAGAAAAAGAAAGCCAUCCUCUUCGCCGUUCCGGGGGCUUUCACACCCACUUGCUCCCAAAAACACCUCCCAGGUUUCGUGGAAAAAGCAGCCGAGCUCAAGUCCAAAGGGGUUGACACAAUCGCUUGCAUUUCUGUGAACGAUGCCUUUGUGAUGAAGGCGUGGAAGGCGGAUUUGAAGAUUGACGAUGAGGUAUUGAUGUUGAGUGAUGGAAAUGGGGAUUUUACGAAAGCUAUUGGUUGUGAACUGGAUUUGAGUGAUAAGCCUGUGGGAUUGGGUGUGAGGUCCAGGAGGUAUGCUAUGUUGGUGGAAGAUGGGGUUGUGAAGGUGUUGAAUUUGGAGGAGGGUGGUGCUUUUACGUUUAGUGGUGCUGAAGAUAUGCUCAAAGCCCUGUAAUUUUCAUGGUACAGUGAGAUGGAUGGCUAUUUUGAUUAAUAAAUGUACGGAUGGAACAUGAGCAUGGAGUUCUGAAUUUAAGCAAUUAGAUUUAUGGUUUUGUUAAUCAAUGUGUUUUAUGAUGUAUGAAUGUGUGUAAUUAGUGUCGGAGAGAAAAUAUCAUUUGGGGAAUAAUGGCGUCCGGUGUAUGUUAAACCUUCAUUUUCUCAAGGUAAACCUUUUCACGGAUAAAUCCUUUGGUUCGCGAACAAAACCAAAUGAGUUUUAUGGUACAGUAUGUGCGAGAGGCAAGGUCUUAAGGUAUGGUCUUAAGGCUUUAUAAAUGCGACCUAAUAAACUCCAAUUUAGUGUUUCUGAUGUAUUGUUCAAUUGUUACAAUGCCUUGAGAAUUCUUGCUUUUGUCUGGUUGCUUGACUGGAAUGCCUAGAACUUAGAAUUCUUUUAUGUGGUGAAAAUUUUUGAACAUGC